UAUAACAGACUGACCCUAGCCCCCUGGCACAUAGACUAUUGCAGCAUAGAUACUGGAGGCUGAGACAUACAUUUCCCAUUGUGUUUAUUUGUUAAAGGGCCAGCAAUGAGAGAGAGCAUUCGUUUGCUACAUUUUAUGCUCUUAACUUUUUGAACUUAUCCUUGUUUUAUCCUUUUAGAUCAUAGCCUGAUUUUUAAGCCGUAUUUGUAUUUUUCUAUUUAUUCAAAUCAAUUCAACAUUUUGGAGUUAAACUGUACCCGGCUUCAAGAAACCUUUUUAUGUGCACGAGGUAAUGGCCAACUUCGUCAUAACACGAGUCUUAGGUUUUCUUAAUCCCUCUUCUCAAACUGUGCAGAUAGGGGUGGUGUGUCUGGCCCUCCUAGGCCUGACCUCAGCCCUGAUUUGUCCCGAUGGUGGGAUGUGUGAAGAUGGGAACACCUGCUGCAAGACCCCCAGCGGUGGAUAUGGCUGCUGUCCAUUACCAAAUGCUGAGUGCUGUUCCGACCACCUGCAUUGCUGCUAUGAGGGGACAGUGUGUGACUUAGUCCACUCCGAGUGCCACAAUAAAACCGUCUCUCUGCCGUGGGUCAGAAGAGUCCCUGCACAACACCUAAUCAGCCCUCUGAUGCUGGAGGGCGUGAGGGCAGUCAUUUGUCCCGACGGCGAGUCGGAGUGUCCGGACGACACCACCUGCUGUCAACUCCCAGAAGGCUCCUGGGGCUGCUGUCCGCUGGCCAAGGCGGUGUGCUGUGAGGACAAGAUGCACUGCUGUCCAGAGGGCACCAAGUGUGACCUAGCCCACUCCAAGUGUGUGUCGCCCACCCUGGAUUCCUUCCCCAUGAGGGGAAAGGGGCCUGCAAGGAGGAGGCAGACGGUGACAUGCCCAGGUGGUACGAGCAGAUGCCCAGACGGAACCACCUGUUGCCUGCUGACCAGUGGAGACUAUGGCUGCUGCCCCUACCCGGAGGCUAGGUGCUGUACCGACAAACUCCACUGUUGCCCCAGCAAUACAACCUGUGACCUGGAGCAUGAGAUGUGCACUUCCCCCGACACACAGACCCCACUGGCCAAGAAGAUCCCUGCCAUCCCCAACAAUGUGGAUUGUGCAGACAAGGUGUCAUCGUGUCCUGACGAGACCACUUGCUGCCUGCUGGGAAAUGGGAGUUAUGGCUGCUGCCCUAUGCCAAAUGCUGUGUGUUGUCCGGACCACCUCCACUGCUGUCCUGAGGGAACCACCUGUGACAUGGAACAGAGCACCUGUGUGUCUAAACACGGCCAAACUUCCAUGGCUGUCAAAUUCCCCGCCACAUUGACCACGACAUCCCUACAGAGCGCAGUCAAUGCUGUGCCCUGCAACGACUCUGUGGCCUGCGCUGACGGGACCACGUGCUGUAAAUUACUAAAUGGAGAAUGGGCCUGCUGCCCCCUGCCCAAGGCUGUGUGUUGUGAUGACCACCUCCACUGCUGCCCCCACGGGACCAUCUGUAACUUGGUAGAGAGUACGUGUGAUGACCCUUCUUCGGGCUCUGCCCUGGUACCCAUGCUGGACAAGGUGCCGGCCUUUAGCUAUGCGUCGAAGGAUGAGCCGCUGCCCAAUAGCAAAUGUGACAAAUCCACGUCGUGCCCGGGCAAAUCCACGUGCUGCAAGACCACCACAGGAAACUGGGCAUGCUGCCCCCUGCCCAAUGCGGUGUGUUGCAACGACCACCUCCACUGCUGCCCCCACGGCACUGUGUGUAACCUGGAGGCCAGUACCUGUGAUGACCCCUCAGGCUUCAACAUGCCGUGGGUCACCAAGGUGCCAGCACUCACCACCCAGGCACCACUGGCCACUGAGAUGUGUGACGAACAGACCAUGUGCCCCGGGGGCACCACCUGCUGCAGACAGAACUCAGGACAGUGGGCAUGCUGUCCUCUACCUGAUGCGGUGUGCUGCGACAACAAUGAGCACUUCUGCCCUAAAGGCUACACGUGUAACGUGGCCGAGCAGACCUGUGACAAAGCCGGGACCCUCAGCUUGCCCUGGGUCCCCAAGGUGCUAGCCCUGCUCGUGCACAGAGUGCUUCCCCAGGCCAGUGCCCCCUCCGUCCCCCCAGCCAAGAACAUGUGUGACCCCCACACCAGCUGCCCCAAAUAUACCACCUGCUGCUUCAUGAACAAGGCUGGCAAGUGGGGAUGCUGCCCCCUGCCAAAGGCGGUGUGCUGUGCCGACGGAGACCACUGCUGCCCCAGCGGCUACAGCUGUGAUGACCACAAGACCUCCUGCACUAAGGGCCACCUGACCAUCCCCUGGUACCGCAAAGAGAAGGCCCUGACUGAGGGAGCCAUGUUGAAAGACGUAAAGUGUGACGACAAGAGCAGCUGUGCCUCGGGGGCCACCUGCUGCAAGCUGCCCACAGGCGAAUGGGGCUGCUGUCCCCUGGUCAAGGCUGUUUGCUGUACAGACCACGAGCACUGCUGCCCCCAGGGCUACAGCUGCAACAUGCAGACUGGGACCUGUGAUAAACCUGUAGAGGGUGUUCUCCUACAUACGGUACCCCUGACAGAGGUGGCAGAGUCCCAGCAGAGGGCAGCAGAGAUGGGUAUGGAUGUGAAGUGUGACAGCACCGGAGAGUACAGCUGUCCCAAACUGGAGACCUGCUGCAAGACCUCACCCACAGAAUGGUCCUGCUGCCCUGCACCAAAGGCCAUAUGCUGCGCAGACACCAAGCACUGCUGCCCCAUGGGAUACACAUGUGACCUGGAGCGGGGAGGCUGCUCCCAGCAGGCUGAGUUGAGCUGGGACAUUUUCUACACCCACAACAUAAAGAGAGACUUUGUUCCUUUUGGACUCUGAGCUAAUCGGGAUGCACUGAUCUGGACUCUGAGCCAAUCAGGAUGCAGCACUGAUCUGAUGUUCCUCACUCCAGCACACAACCUAACCUGCAGAACAUGCCAUAAGAGGAACAAACAACCUUAUGGACACUGGACAAGGGAAAGGAGAUGUAUUUUGUAUGUUUUUUUUGUUGGGGGUAGAACCAGGAAAUAGAAAUGGUUAGAGGUAGCGAAUUCAGCAUCUCCACCCAAUGCCCAUCCAAAACAGUUUUUUUUUUUUUUUUUUAAAGCAGCUAGCUUGUAGGUUUGUCUCAAUGUCUUUACGUUUAGUUACUACUGCCCCAAAUGCCAUUUUCUCUAUGUAAAUGAGAAACAUGAAUGUAUUAUAGUCUCUUAGAACAAGAACUAUCAUUCUCCAGAAUAAGCCUGCAUUAAGAUGUAUCAAAAAUGUAUUAUAUUCCAAACUCUUUCAAGAACACAGCUACAUUGUAUAAGAAAGCUGAUUUUCAUGUUUCGUUGAUGCAGGGCACAACCUAGCAUUAGUAAGUGACCGGUAGUGUAUCAUUCUUUCUGGAAGCACUACAGAGCCAUUGAUCAGCCGACUGAGUGUUACUUUGAUUGAACUUUUUGCUUGAUUUUAUGUCGUUUUGCCCACUGGCCUGGGUUCUUCACUUUCUGUGAAAAUCAAAAAGGUCCAGUCUCUGACAGUUUUCUGUCAUUAAAAUGAAAAUGCUGUCACUCAAACCCCUUAAUUCAUAGCCAUUUUAUUUUCUUGAUAUCAUAAUACCCAUUGUUGAUCAAAACUAAAAUGGACUUGUGAUCUAUACAAAUUAUCAUAAAUAACUUGGUUUUAAAUAAAGGGUUGUGCCAUUUUGAUUUUCAGUAUAGGAAUUACUGGUAAACCCCAGUUAAAUGGUUACUACAUGCAAUUUGUGCAUUUGUAGUGCUUGAACAAAAGUGAUAGGGAAGUGAAUCCAGUUCAUAGGAAUGAUAUAUGAUUGGUUAGUACAAUGUUAGUUGAUAUCGAAAUUGACACUAAGCACUCUGUGUUCUACCAGCCGUAGUAAUGCUAACCAGUAAUAAUAAUUUGAAAGUCAAUGCAAACAAUACUAGUUAGCACAUCAUAACUCUCAUCCCAUUCCCGACUAACGUCCCAAAUCUGUAUCUGUACUCUCUAGCUUUUUGUUUUGGAUUUUUUUUAUUUUUUUAUUUUUUUAUUUUUACAUGAAUGUCAUGUUAAAUGAAGUACUCGUUUCUCAUUUAAUUAUAGUUUCCUUAUAAAAUAUUUUAUCUCAUUGAA